UUUCAAAAAUAAAGCCAUUACAAUAUUGUAGUUUCGUCUAGCUUUGUUAAGUUAAUUUCAAGGUAAUGGGUGAACUAACUGUAACGAACUUGUUUGAAUCACAUACGAUAUUUGCUGAUCACAAGGAUCUCAUUCACGAUGUAGCAUACGACUUCUACGGCGAGAGGAUGGCUACUUGUUCCAGUGACCAAUCUGUUAAAGUGUGGGACUCUGAUGGCCGUGGGGACUGGCGGCUCACCGGCAGCUGGAAGGCACAUCACGGGUCAGUGUGGAAGGUGACAUGGGCUCAUCCAGAGUUUGGACAGGUCCUCGCCACCUGCUCCUUUGAUCGUACUGCUGCCAUUUGGGAAGAAGUUGGGGAAACAGCGGCACCAGGGCCGGAGAAAGGCCUGCGCACAUGGGUGAAGCGGUCUAAUUUGGUGGACUCCAGAACAUCUGUGACUGAUGUAAAGUUUGGACCCAAACACUUAGGCCUCCUAUUAGUCACAUGUUCAGCAGAUGGCAUCAUUAGAAUAUAUGAAGCUCCAGAUGUUAUGAAUUUAGCCCAAUGGACAUUACAGCAUGAAAUACCUACCAAAGUAUCGAUAAGCUGUCUGUCUUGGAACCCUUCACUUUCCAGAGUAAACCCUCCUAUGCUUGCUGUGGGAUGCGACGAGCCUAACACCUCGACAGCAGUAGCUAGCGUGCAAAAUGACAAAGGGAAUUUAUGUAACGGAAAAGUCUUUAUAUACGAAUACAGCGAAGCAUCGCGAAGGUGGACGCGGACGGACUGCCUUUCGUCGGUGCAGGAGCCCGUCAACGACAUCGCGUUCGCGCCCAACCUCGGCCGGUCGUUUCACCUGCUCGCAGUGGCCACCAAGGACGUGCGCAUCAUCAAGAUUGAACCGCUACCAGAUUCGGCGAAUGUCGCGACGGCGAACGGCGGUUGUGGAGUGCGCUUCAAGACGGAAGUGAUGGCAGCGUUCGAGGAGCACUAUUCGACCGUGUGGCGUGUCUCGUGGAACGUGACGGGCACGCUGCUCGCCUCCUCCGGCGACGACUGCUGCGUACGCCUAUGGAAAAUGCAAUACCUGAACCAGUGGAAGUGCGUGGCGGUGUUCAAGAAUGAGGCGGGCGCAGGCGACGCGCAGCCGCAGGCCCGAUCGUACACCACCUACGUCCGCAUGGCCGCCAUGGCCAACCCGCACCACAUGCCGGUCUAUUGACCACAUCGCUAACCCUCAACCGAUAUUCGUCUCUUCAGGUGCAGUUUUCAUAUAGGCGGGGUGUAUCCGAGUGUCUUAGGGAGCCACUAAAUUUAUCGAUGCAGUACAGCACUAGGCGGGUUUGAAUUUUCGAUAGUAUCACCAUGGCUCAAUGCACCUGAAGGCGUCCGUAUAGUGAAGGCAGUCGAACGAAGUUAUCCGAAUGGUCCCGAUCGGUUUUCUUCGACGUCUAUCGAUAAUUUAGACCGAUCGAUGGAACUCGGGAGACUCGCUAUUAUAGACCAGGGUUGUUGCUGAUGCGGAUGCUGCUUUUAGGAAUUCAAAAGAACGCGAAGAAUGUACACUCUUACUGUAUCUAUCUAUAUGAAAAGCCCUUACUGAAGCUUUCUAUUUUCUUUAGUAUUGUAAUAAAAUAUUAUUUCAAUGAUUUUGUGACAUUUAUU